GGACCUCCUGUCGGAGAGCGAAGCUCCGCUGGUUUCAAUGAAAGAGGGGGAGAAGAGUAAUGCAGAGGGAUGUAAGAUGGCAGAGCUACAAAUGUUGUUAGAGGAAGAAAUCCCGGCUGGAAAAAGAGCCCUUGUGGAGAGCUACCAAAACCUUUCAAGGGUCGCGGAAUAUUGCGAGAACAAUUAUGUGCAGGCACAAGACAAGAGGAAAGCCCUUGAGGAGACCAAAGCCUACACCACCCAGUCCCUGGCGAGCGUGGCCUAUCAGAUCAAUGCCUUAGCCAACAAUGUGCUGCAGCUGUUGGAUAUUCAGGCUUCACAGCUGCGCAGGAUGGAGUCCUCCAUCAACCACAUCUCUCAGACUGUGGACAUUCAUAAAGAAAAAGUUGCUAGACGAGAGAUCGGGAUCCUCACCACCAACAAAAACACAUCUCGGACCCACAAAAUCAUCGCCCCCGGGAACAUGGAGCGGCCCGUGCGCUACAUCAGGAAGCCCAUAGAUUACACCCUACUGGAUGACGUGGGUCACGGUGUUAAAUGGCUUAAAGCAAAGCAAGGGAAUACCCAGCCAGCUCGGGGAGGUGGAGGAACAUUAUCCAGGACGAAUCCCCCCACACAGAAGCCCCCGAGCCCACCCAUGGCAGGGAGAGGUACCCUGGGACGAAACACACCUUAUAAGACGCUGGAGCCAGUCAAGCCUCCUGUGGUGCCUAAUGACUACAUGACCAGUCCGGCUCGCCUGGGCAGCCAGAACAGCCCAGGACGCACUGCCUCGCUCAGUCAGAGACCUCGAACGCACAGUGGCAGUAGUGGGGGCAGCGGCGGUCGAGAGAACAGCAGUAAUAGUAUGGGAAUCCCUCUGGCUGUGCCAACACCCUCCCCUCCCAGUAUGGCACCAGUAGUUCCUCAAGGUCCAGGUUUGGGCCCGAUCCCGAUGUCUCAGUUCGGAACAAUCUCCCGGCAGAUUUCCAGACACAAUUCCUCCAGCACUUCUUCCUCUGCCUCAAUGGUGUCAGCCACCGGCACCUACCGGCGCGCCCCUGCCGGCUCCUCCCAGUUCUCUGUGCCUCAGCCCCAUCUGAACGGGGGUCCCACAUACCCCCAGAACACAAUGUCUAUCGCUCCACCACCUCCUCCCUUGGCGCAGCUGACGCCCCAGAUUCCUCUCACUGGCUUUGUGGCCAGAGUUCAGGAGAACAUAACAGACAGCCCCUCUCCCCCCCCUCCUCCGCUACCUGAGGACACGCCCUUGUUUGAGGAAGCAGCUCCGCCUCCUCCACCUCCACCUGCGGAUUAUGAUGAAGAAGAUGCAGCUCUGGUGCACUACAAUGACCCCUAUGCUGAUGGAGACCCUCACUGGGCCCCAAAAUCCUUCUUAGAGAAGGUGGUGGCCAUCUAUGACUACGCGAAGGACAAAGAUGAUGAGCUGUCCUUCAUGGAGGGCGCCAUCAUCUACAUCAUCAAGAAAAAUGAUGACGGCUGGUUCGAGGGCGUGUGUAACGGUGUCACCGGACUGUUUCCUGGCAACUACGUCGAGUCCAUCAUGCACUACGCUGACUAAAGCUACAUCCCAGAGACGGCGUAUAAUGCAGCAAAUCAGUUACAAACAUUGCAAAGUGCAUUAGGAUAUGACUGAAUGUUUGUUUUCGUCCAAUCGCAAAUGUAUCCAAGCAUCUGCAGUGCUGAAGGUUUGAGGAGACAGAAGAAUAUGAAUAGAAAAAAGUCUCUCUGCUUUCUGGUUAGGUUGCCUCCUAUAUUUUGUACAUAUAUUACAGUGAGACGUUGCGCUAGUGUUUGUUUUUGUGAGUGUUUUGUCAUCGUAUAGAGACCCGUGUUUGCCAAGUGUCAGCUAGGGCUAGUUAAUUUAGUU